GGCGCGGAAGGCGGCGAGGCAGGGGCGGCAGGAGCCGGCGCGGCGACCGCAGCGAGAGCGGCGGGGACAGAGCAGACAACAACGAAGGCGCACAGGCAGCCGGGCCGGGACACGGGGAGAGCGGCCGCUGGGAAGCGGGCGGGAGGCUGGGCGGGCAGCGAGCAGCCGCCGAGCCGCGAAGCGACAUGGUGCUGCUCAAGGAGUAUCGAGUCAUCCUACCUGUGUCUGUAGAAGAGUAUCAAGUAGGGCAGCUGUAUUCUGUGGCUGAGGCCAGCAAAAAUGAAACGGGUGGUGGUGAAGGUGUGGAGGUCCUGGUGAAUGAGCCCUAUGAAAAGGACGGCGAGAAAGGCCAGUACACGCACAAGAUCUACCACUUACAGAGCAAAGUGCCCACAUUUGUUCGAAUGCUGGCCCCGGAGGGAGCCCUGAAUAUACAUGAAAAAGCAUGGAAUGCCUACCCUUAUUGCAGAACAGUUAUUACAAAUGAAUACAUGAAAGAAGACUUUCUGAUUAAAAUUGAAACCUGGCACAAACCAGAUCUUGGCACCCAGGAGAAUGUGCACAAACUGGAGCCUGAGGCUUGGAAACAUGUGGAAGCCAUAUAUAUAGACAUUGCAGAUCGAAGCCAAGUACUUAGCAAGGAUUACAAGGCAGAGGAAGACCCAGCAAAAUUUAAGUCUAUCAAAACAGGCCGAGGACCCUUGGGUCCCAAUUGGAAGCAAGAACUUGUAAAUCAGAAAGACUGCCCGUACAUGUGUGCAUACAAACUGGUUACUGUCAAGUUCAAGUGGUGGGGCCUGCAGAACAAAGUGGAAAACUUUAUACAUAAGCAAGAGAAGCGUCUGUUUACAAACUUCCACAGGCAGCUGUUCUGUUGGCUUGAUAAGUGGGUUGACCUGACUAUGGAUGACAUUCGAAGGAUGGAAGAAGAGACGAAGAGACAGCUGGAUGAGAUGAGACAGAAGGACCCAGUGAAAGGAAUGACAGCGGAUGACUAAAGCCACUCCUCCCCCUUCUGCACUUUUUGCAAGACAGUGGUCAACAGGAAGGCCCAGCAGCUCCA